AUGUAUGGCCACGGCCAAAAUCUCCGCCACUUGGGUCAUGGGAGCUGUUCAUUCCGCAAUUUGCCCUCCAACCCUCAAGUGACAACCAUCAUGCAGUCGUUCGCUCAGUUCCUCAAGCCUACCGCAGUGCUCCUCGCUCUCACCGCUGGACUGCUCGACACCUCUGUCGCCCAGAAUGCUGCCAGCCAGCUUGCCGAGCUCAGCUCGACCGUGGCGAGCAACGCUGCGGUCACAGCAUCGCUCGCCACAGACGUCAGCAACGCAAUCGCCCCUUUCGGCGACUCCUUCAGUGGCCAGGCUCAGCAAGCUCUCCAGCAGAUCCUGUCCCUAGCCGAUGCCAACGCUGCCGCCAACAACGAGCUCAACGCUGCUCUGCAGAGCCUCCUCGACGCCGCCCAGAGCUUCGCCAGCGCCGACGACAAUGCCGCCUCGAUCUUCAAUGGCCGCAAGCUGCGCACGGAACAGGACAAGUAA